AUGUCAGUGUUUGAAAUGGACCGAACUCUGUGUAACUCACCAACUGGAAUCCAAAAGGAGGAUCCCUGCAAGACGAAACCAACCUACAACCAGGGUCCAGGAGGAGGAAACAAUCCCUGUCAACAGAGGUCCCAAUUUAUGCCACAACAGCAGAUAAACUGCUACAACUCCAGACAAUAUCAAUCCUCUCCUUAUGGCGGUGGUACCCAAUGCGGUCAGGAUUAUGGAAGACAGCAGGCUUCUGCUGGUGGCGGAGGCUACUGUUACGGUGGACAGUCAAGCCCAGCCAAUUUCUGUCCUCCACGACAACAGCAAUCACCUGGAAACUUCUAUGGUGGAAACAUGUUUGGCAAUCCAUGCCAACAGCCACCGCAACAAGCUGGAGGUGGAUGUGUUCCACCCCCUCCUCCACCUCCAAGUGCCAACGUUACCUGCCCUCCUGACUACUGUGAACCAAGGGAUCCAACAAACACUGGUCCUAUGGCCCUUGUCAAUCUGACUCAGAACACAGCUGGUCUUGGAUUCCAAUCGUGUCAAAAGGGAGCGAAAGGGGGUGCAGAGAGCAACGCUUGUUGGGGAAUGGGUUCUGGAGGUAGGAUUGGGCAGAAAACCGUUCCAGAGCCCGAUCUAUCAGGUAAUGUUGAGGAAAAGGCAAGACAGAAAGCUGAACUAAAAAUCAAUGCGUUGAUUCGAGAUGUGAUCGGUCCAGAGAUUCAGAGGAAGGAGAAGGAGAUUGAAGAUAAUGAAAAGGCUAACGAGCAGUUCUUUGCUAACUAUCGAGCGGCAAGCGCUUUCAAAGACGGUUGCCUAAACGCCUCGGUGUUUCAGCGCAGACCCAUCAAAGACAUCGCAGUUUGCGAAGAGGAUAUGGUUAAGCGACUAAAGGGUAUGAAUUCCUGUGGGAAGGAGGCUACAUUAUGUCCGAACUUUAAGGACAAGAAGCAGGCUCUACUAAAUUCUAUCUCAGAGAGUUAUCAGUAUCUUGAGGCAUAUAAGAAAGCUCUGGAAAGGAGUAAUGCUGCUCUGGCGCCGGGGUGUCAACGUAAAAAUGCAUCCUUCCUGCAAACCACCCAAAGUUGGAUCGACAAUGGUUUAUUUUCUCAUGAAGAAUUAGCCUGUCUAGUUUCUAAGGCCCAAUCGGCAAUGAAUCGCUGUAAACAAUAG